AACUUUGGGAAGUUGUUGAGAAUAAUCCUGAGGAGGUUCCUGCGAAAAAAAUUGUUUUCAAUUUUAUAAGGGCGGCGCCCCGACAGGGCGCGAUUUUUCUCCAUUUACGAUAUACAUACUUACACUUCUGGGAAUGGAAGCACGUCGCAUACUGCUCUCAAGCGGAGAAAAUUUGCAAGCAACAAAUCUGAAGCCACAAAGAAUUCCUGUUGAUAAAGAAAAUUUGUCACAAAAUGAAAAAGAGAUGGAAAGUGCCAGUAAAAAAGGCCCAAUCAAAUGGUCUCUAAGUGACUUUGAUAUUGGUCGUCCUCUUGGUAAAGGAAAAUUUGGAAAUGUGUAUCUUGCCAGAGAAAAGAAAAGCAAAUACAUUGUGGCAUUAAAGCUGAUGUUUAAGUCACAGUUACAGAAAGCUGGUGUUGAACAUCAGCUCAGGAGGGAGAUAGAAAUUCAGACUCAUCUGAGGCACCCACACAUUCUCAAGUUAUUUGGCUACUUCUAUGAUGACUCAAGAAUUUACCUUAUUUUAGAAUAUGCCCCUAAGGGUGAAUUAUACAAAGAAUUACAAAAGCACAAAAGAUUCGAUGAUGCCAGAUCUGCUAAAUACAUCGCUCAGCUGGCUGAUGCACUUAUUUAUUGUCAUGGGAAAAAGGUUAUUCACAGAGAUAUCAAACCUGAAAACCUCUUACUUGGAUUAAUGGGUGAUCUUAAGAUAGCUGACUUUGGUUGGUCAGUUCAUGCUCCUUCAUCCAGACGACAAACCAUGUGUGGUACUCUGGACUAUUUGCCGCCAGAAAUGGUUGAAGGAAGGCCUCAUAAUGAAUGUGUGGAUUUGUGGAGCCUGGGUGUGCUCUGUUAUGAGUUUCUAGUUGGUUCCCCCCCUUUUGAGGCAGAAGGUCACACAGAAACAUACAGAAGGAUAUCAAAAGUAGAUCUGCGUUUCCCUGACUUUGUGUCAGAAGGAGCAAGGGACCUCAUAUCCAAACUGUUACGACAUGACCCAAAUGCAAGACUACCAUUGGUUCAAGUACUGAAACAUCCCUGGAUAGUAAAGUAUACUGAUACUUCCAGUACAACAUCUUAACAGUAUAUCUUUUAGUCUACUCCAUUUGAUUUUUUAAAAUAUUAACUCUUGGAUCAGCUAACAAUAAGCAUAAAUUAUUGAUAAAAAUUACUAAAAUGAAUGUUUUAUGCCUUCUCAAAACAACCAUUUAAGUUAUGUCAUUAUUUUGUAAAUUGAGGAGCAUUUGUUAUCACUUGAAAAUCUGUACAUUUUAAAACCAUCUAAACUUUAAAUUUAUAGUUAAAACAAUUGUUAACUGAUAAUCAGCUGUUUGUUCAAAUAAAAUCUUUAUGAUGCUUGUUUCAGUUACUGAGAUUACUGCUGUGUAUUUCCUUCACAUUACUUACGUGAGAUAAUCAUAUUUCCUGUAGUAUAUUUGUAAAAAAAAUAAAUUCUCUUUGACUGUUAAUGACUGUUCUGACCACCCUAUUUCUUUAAAUUAUGUAAAUACUUUUAAAGUUCUUGGUAAUUGAAAAAAAUUUCCAUGAUUUUGACAUUUUAAUGAAACAAUUUUACAAAGGCCCAAAUUCUUUAAAAAAAGUUCUAAUAGAUCUAUAUCCAGUAAACUUAUGAAUGAUUAAUGUAUAUCAUAGUAUGUGUUUGAUUCUUAUUUAACUGAAGCCUUAAUUUGUACAGGUCAAUUGUAAUAGAUUAAUAAACACAUUUUGAAAUACUUGUUCUUUGUAUUUCACAGCACAUGUAAAUAAACAGCUCCAGUGUUGUUUCAAUACAA